CUCUGGAAGUGCUACCGAAGGCGGGCCUAGCGGGGUGCCGAGGAGGGAGCGAGUCUGCACCAUGGCGGCUCUGUUGGCUGGGAGCCGGGUCGGGGCUGCACGUGCGGCUGCCCGCAGAGGCCCGCUAGUCUCCUGUCGGAGGUGGGCCGGUGCCGCGGCAGACACCGUGUACGAUGUGGUGGUGUCAGGUGGAGGCCUGGUGGGCGCCGCCAUGGCCUGUGCCUUGGGAUAUGAUAUUCACUUUCAUGAUAAGAAAAUCCUGUUGCUAGAAGCAGGUCCAAAGAAAGUAUUGGAGAAAUUGCCAGAAACUUACAGUAACAGGGUCAGCUCCAUUUCCCCUGGCUCUGCAACCCUUCUCAGCAGUUUCGGUGCCUGGGACCACAUCUGCAACAUGAGAUACAGAGCCUUUCGGCGAAUGCAGGUGUGGGACGCCUGCUCAGAGGCCCUGAUCAUGUUCGACAAGGAUAACCUGGAUGACAUGGGCUAUAUAGUGGAGAACGACGUCAUCAUGCAUGCCCUCACGAAGCAGCUGGAGGCCGUGUCAGACCGAGUGACUGUUCUCUACCGGAGCAAAGCAGUCGGCUUUACCUGGCCUUCUCCCAUUUCCAUGGCAGACUCCAGCCCGUGGGUUCAUGUUACCCUAGGUGAUGGCAGCACCCUCCAGACCAAAUUGUUGAUUGGUGCAGAUGGUCACAACUCAGGAGUACGGCAAGCUGCUGGAAUCCAGAAUGUCAGCUGGGACUACGACCAGUCUGCUGUUGUGGCUACUCUGCAUUUAUCGGAGGUCACAGAAAACAAUGUAGCUUGGCAGAGAUUUCUUCCCUCAGGGCCCAUCGCUCUGCUCCCGUGCCCAAGAACAGAAGUUUCAGCUCUCAGUACUGAUGGUGUUCUUUUGAGACAGCUCUCAGACACCUUGAGUUCCUUGGUCUGGUCCACAUCCCAUGAGCAUGCAGCAGAGCUGGUCAGCAUGGACGAGGAGAACUUUGUGGAUGCCAUUAACUCCGCCUUUUGGAGUGACGCUAACCACACAGACUUCGUUGACUCGGCCAGCACCAUGCUGCACUACGCCGUUGCCUUUCUGAAGCCCACUAAGGUCUCAGCUCGCCAGCUGCCGCCAAGCGUAGCCAAGGUGGACGCCAAAAGCCGCGUACUGUUUCCUCUUGGGUUGGGACAUGCUGCUGAGUACGUCCGGCCUCGGCUGGCGCUCAUCGGGGAUGCAGCCCACAGAGUCCAUCCACUGGCAGGACAAGGUGUCAACAUGGGCUUUGGGGAUAUCUCCAGCUUGGUCCAUCACCUUAGAACUGCAGCCUUCGAUGGGAAAGACUUGGGCUCCAUGAGCCACCUCACAGGUUAUGAGACAGACCGACAACGUCACAACACUGCUCUUCUGGCUGCUACUGACCUGCUGAAAAGGCUCUAUUCCACCAGUGCUACCCCUCUUGUGCUGCUCAGGACGUGGGGCUUGCAGGCCACAAAUGCAGUAUCUCCACUCAAAGAACAGAUUAUGGCCUUUGCAAGCAAAUGAAUGCUCCUCUUCUGCAGAUUAUAUUGAAGAAAAAGAAACAUCUUUUCCCAAGGCCAUCAUACAGUUUCAAGAUUUAAUUUAAUAAACUGACUUUAUAUUAGCAUUC